UGAAGAAAGCCAUAGUGAUAGUCUUCUUUGGACCUUUUUCCUGGAGGCAGCUAGUUCUGUGUUGUCUUGUCAUUGUCUUUUAAAAGUAGGUGGCACCGUCGGUGGAACUUGUCCUGGUAAAGGGAUUACAAAUCAGUGGCAACUCUCUCAACAUCUGCAGCAGAACUCGACACUUACUGCAUCACAAGCCCUCGCCAAUAAAAGAGAAAAAUCAUGCUCAUGGACAGGAGGAGGCAAGACGGCACUGGAUUUAACACAUGUGAAGAACCAAGUGUGCAUAAGAAAAAAAGGAAGCACAGUCCCUAAAGAGAGACCCUUUGUGUUUGGAACUAUGGAUCGCACAGGCCCAGGCAGCCUCCAUAGCUGAGAGACUGCCCUGAAAAUGGAGGAGGUUUUUGUGUCUUCUCCCCUCGUUGUAUCUCAAAAGACGAAUAUUCCUGGAUCGAGUCUUGCAAACUUUAAAAGUCCAUGUGGACAAUUUGGCCUAAAUGACGGACACUUUCUAUAAAGCAAGCUGGCCAAUGAUACAAAUUAUGUAUGUAGCACAAUUUACGGCAUCUAAAUCAGAGACUUGUUCAGUAUGGAAGAGCAGACUACCACUGUGAUUCAGAUUUACGUGAAUGGCACUGAACAGCUAAAUGCUUCGUAUGACUUCAACCUAACUGAUGUUAAAGAGAGUAUAGACACUUAUGAGUUUUAUAUCAUUGGCCUGUUUUUGUCCUGUCUGUACACCAUAUUGCUUUUCCCCAUUGGCUUCAUUGGGAACAUCCUCAUUUUGGUGGUCAACCUCAACCACCGGGAGAAGAUGACCAUCCCUGAUAUGUACUUUGUCAACCUGGCUGUGGCGGACCUCAUCCUGGUGGCGGACUCACUAAUUGAGGUCUUCAAUCUCAAUGAGAAGUACUACGACUACGCUGUUCUCUGUACUUUCAUGUCCCUCUUCCUCCAGGUGAACAUGUACAGCAGCAUCUUCUUCCUGACAUGGAUGAGUUUCGACCGCUACGUCGCUCUCGCCAGCUCCAUGUGCAGCAGUUCGUUGCGAACUAUGCAGCAUGCCAAGCUCAGCUGCAGUCUCAUCUGGAUGGCUUCCAUCCUGGCUACUCUACUUCCUUUCACCAUCGUACAGACGCAACACACCGGUGAGGUACACUUCUGCUUCGCCAAUGUCUUCGAGAUCCAGUGGCUCGAGGUCACGAUCGGAUUUCUGGUGCCCUUCUCCAUCAUUGGCCUGUGCUACUCCCUGAUCGUUCGCAUUCUCAUGCGCUCACAGAAACACAGGGGCCUUUGGCCCCGCCGGCAGAAGGCCCUGCGCAUGAUCGUGGUGGUGGUGCUGGUGUUCUUCAUCUGCUGGCUGCCUGAGAAUGUCUUCAUUAGCAUCCAGUUGCUCCAAGGCACGGCCGACCCAUCGAAACGCAGUGACACAACACUGUGGCAUGAUUACCCGUUGACCGGACACAUCGUCAACCUGGCUGCGUUCUCUAACAGCUGCCUGAACCCAAUCAUUUACAGCUUCCUAGGAGAGACUUUCAGGGACAAGCUGCGGCUCUUCAUCAAGCGGAAGGCCAGUUGGUCUGUGGUCUAUCGCUUUUGCCAUCACACUCUGGACUUGCACCUUCCUGUUAGGAGUGAGUCCGAAGUGUAGCACAGAAUCUCACAGGUGCAUUACGACAACAGUUCCUGGAGUUGUCGUCAAUUUUACACAAGAUUUGUGGUUUUAAACAUUACGCUUUCCAAACUUAGGGCAGCCGUCAUCAAGAAAAAGGAAGCAAUUUUCAGCUGAAAGCAGAGUGAAACACUGAAUUUAUAGGGUAAAUCACCUGGUGAUGAAAUGGAUUCCAAGACAAGGAUGCAAAGCUUGGCUUAAAGCUACCUUUUUACAGAUAAUUGAAAUACAUAGAAAUUACAUGAUAAAAGGAAGAUCUGAGUACAAUAAUCUGAGUGAACCCAUUCUAAAGGGAACAAAUAAAGACAUCAAAGCACCUGUGACCCAUUUCCCCUCUGUUUGUGAUAUACACUCACUGGCCACUUUAUUAGGUACACCUGAACAUCUACUUAUUCAUGCGAUUAUCCAAUCAGCCAAUCGUAUGUAAUGCAGUGUAAUGUAUCACUAUGUAUCACAUGGGCCAGUUUCUAUGUAAAAUCCCGGGCAGAAUUUUCUUCCCAGUCCGCCCCUGGGGUUUGGGCGUAUAGUUUAUAAAAUAUGCAUUGCUGUUGCCUGCAUUACAUCAACAACUCACUUUACAACUUGCUUUUGGUGCCAAAUGUCUGUGGACAUUUCACCCAGAAACUGGAGCUCACAUUUGCCCAUACAUUCAACAACACUUCUAUCUUCAGCCACUGGGAGCAGUGAUUCAAAUUUUAGUAAGCACAGACUGAUUUCUGUUUCGGCAGCAGAACUUUCGACCUACUGCCACUGAAUUCACAAUGAGAUCAGUCUGUAUCUUAAAUUUGACUAAAUGUAAAAUGUACUCCCAGCCACUCAUGCUUUCAACCACUUUAAGGGAUUUUGUAAACAGUAAUGAUGAUUGAGAAAGUUUAGGCAAAAUCCUCUGCUCUUUUUGGGUUUUCAUGAGAAACAUAAUUAGGGAAACAUUAAAGUAAAUUCAGUUCAAAGCAAAACAUAUUUGGAGGAUUACAGCUCAUUUGGACAAGUGUUUUCGACACUAACCCCAGGUGUUAGCUCCUAUUACUCUGAGGCUGGAGCCAGUGGGCAGGUGGUAUGCAGAGAACAUGUAAACACAUUAUUCAAGAUUUCAGAAGUGCUGGGUCCAUUGGUGCCGUUCACUCGAUCCAGAGAUAUCAACUACAUUUCCAUUCCUCUCACUUUCUUCCUGCUGAUCAUCAGGUCACUUUAGCAUCAAAAACAGACACAUCUGAAAUGAUUGCUUUGAGCUGUGGGAAGUAAUUCCACAAAGGUGUAAUUCAUUUAGAAUCAGUGUCCAUUGUGAGUGGAAACACAGUAGUGGAUAUUAAAAUGGUCGCAAGACACUUCUCUAUCAAAAAUGUGAUCAGAUGUGAAAUUGCUUUUAAUAUCAAAUAAACUUGCCCUAUUUUCAUAUUCAGAAAUCUCAAACGAUUAUACCAAGAUAACAACAGGAUCUUAGGAACAGGAAGACAACAUUCUUCCCUAGAGACCCCCGAUGUGCCCAGGGCUAAAAUAAAAUAUGACUCAAACUGUUCACAAACAUAAUGGCAGUCUGAGGGCUUUUUCCCAAGUAACACAGAUUAUAAAUAAAUAAAUAAAAGGGAAAUGAGGAUUUCAAAAUAAUCCCAAGGUUGGUCUGUUGGGAAUUACUUUCUUAGGUAAUUCCCAUUGAUACUUACAAAAAAUGAUAUUUAAUCAGUAUGAAAGGUGAGGUAUGUGGUGAUAUAAUGUAAUCUGAAAGAGAAAAUUCUGAACAAAAAUACAGAUUUUCUCAUGUUCACACAGACAAGUUUUUUUUUUUUUUUUUUUUUUUAACCAAUACACAUUUAAUUUACUGUAAGUAUUCACUGUCAGUUUGAAGAUGGCUGUCUGCUACAUUGAAACAGAAAAACAAAGAAUUAUUAAUGCCAAAUUACUUGUAUUAAUUCAUAUAUGUGGAAGAAAUAUUGCAGACAGUAUACAGUUCAAUAAAAUAUUGGUUUGGUUUUAUUCCACAGGUAACUUGCAGUUUAUUAUCCAUUGCCAAUGCAACAGAAAAUGUAUUUGCCUGCAUAAAAAGCUAAUCUGGAACAUAAAUUAAUGUUUAAUUCAAUCCUGUCAAAUUAUGAAAGAUACAAUAAAUUACACAGGUACAAGACAUUUUACAUAUUUUCUACUAUGACACAUUUAUCAAAUAAAAGCAAACUUUUCCUUUUGGGACCUUAAGUCAUCUUAAAGUUAUUGAUUAAUUAAAUUGUAACGUAUUUAUACAUCAUGGUAGUAUUUUGUUGUACUUGUCGUUUAUGUUGAUUUAAAUAAAACAUAAAAAAAUCACAAUAUUAUCAAGACAGCAAAAGUAAAAUGUCCACAAGCAUUUCUUUACUGUGAGUUUGAGGGUUACAGUAAAUGUGCUGGAUUCCUCUGAGUGCAAAUGUCAAAAUGCACAAGUUUUGUUGUUGUUGUUUUUUAAUGCAAACAAAAAUAUCACUAUAAUGGGCCACCUGAGAAAUCACACUUCUCUCUGUGACAGCCCCAAGACUCUGUAAACUAAGGAGGUUAGUAUGGACAAGAGCAGUACAACAUGCAGACCUUGAGAAAAAAAAAAAGAAAAAAAAAAAAAAGAAUUGUUUUUCCAGCUGUGACAAACCAGUCUGGGAAAGAUUUCUAACCACCAUUUGAAUAACAAUUAAUGCAUGUAAAUAGACAUCACGAAAAAAACAUCAGACUUGAUGUGAAAACGUACUCAAUGUUACUCAAAGUGACUUUGCGUGUCAUAGACAGACUUCUAAGGCAUGGGUACGGUUGAGACUCCAUAGUGAGAAUGGCCUAAGGAUGUUCUAUAACACUGACCAUCAAAAAAAAAAAAAAAAAAAAAAGAUACAGCCAAGUGAUGUAAUAAAUUAGGAAAUAAUGACAAGGGGCUAGUUAGAUAACAUAGGAGGCGCCAUGGCAGAUGAAACCCAGAACCCUAUAGCUGAUCCCCCGAGAAAUAGAGUGUAGACAUGUUAAUUUUGCAUCUGUACAAAUCUAAAUAAAUAGACACAGGGCAACUCUGAGACAGACAAAGAGCAAGAGGUGAGGAAGAGAGGGCGAGACAGAGACUGUGAGAAGAAUAUGUUUGUGUGUGUGCAGCUGGGACUGGAUAAGGCAUGACGUCAUUGAGAGCCAGGGCAUACAUUUGUCCUCUUUUUCUGUGCGAUUUCUCUUUUGAUGCUGAUUAAUAUUAACUGUUCAUCAGGACUCAUGCUGUCUUAUAUAUUUCAAUGUUUACAUGCUUACUGUGUGUAUUUAUACACAUUUAGAAUAGCCACCAAAACCUCAACUUUUGUGAAAAUAAGACUCAUUUUCAGAGAAAAUAUCUUGAUUAAAUCGAAUCACUUUAUUGUUUUAAGCAUAAACCAUACUACUUAUGUUGUAAAAUUUGUGCUAAAAUUGCCACUGAGGUAAGAAAAAUGAACUUGAUUCCAAAUAUAUUCUCUGAAAACAAGCCACAUCACCUUACACAAACAUAUCUUGUUUUUUUGGAUGUUUAGAUAUUUUUACUGAAAAAAAUAAACAAAUACUAAUUAAGAAAUGUAUUCAAGUGUACAUUUGAGCCAAAUAAAAUAAAAAAAUUACAAGUGUGCCACGGAAAUAUUGUGGCUAGUAUGAACGUGAAAGUGAUCUGACAGCUUAUAAAACACAAGGAGUUGUCCAAAACCAAGGAGUGACUUUCAUCUGACAAGAGUAAUUUAAGUAGUAAGAGUUAAUGCAUAUGCUUAGGCAAUACGAGUUUGAAUAAAAUAUCUUAUCCACAAUUACAUUUACAUAUUAAAUUUUCUCUGGGGAGGGGCUUAGGCAACAUCAAGAGCAGCAAGUGUGCUUUGGCCUUUCUGAAUUUCAAAAGGUAACAGACAAAAACAUGCGAACACCUAGUGACACAGUGGCAUGUCUGGCCUAGCACAGUAGUAGUUAGGAUUCAAAUGGCCAUUGAGCUCGAGAGGGCGCCAAAACAAGGGCACGUUCAUGCAAAUUUUAACAAGGUUGAGACAAAUGAAAGUUUGCGGUUUCAGUCUACAGAUUUAUGGCAUUUGCAAAUGGCUCCUCACUUUACAUUGAGACCUGCAAAUUUUCAAGUAAUAUAGGCUAAUAUCAGAAGUUGCAAACGUGAAGAAAACCACCAAUUUAAAGAUUUUUUUUUUUUUGCAUAAACGUAGGUUCCAAAACCCAUAAAAUCAAUUUGUUCACAGCUUUCUGCAACAAGUAAAAACACCACAAUUGCACCCCCCUGGUGGUGAGUGUUAUUACGUCAGCUUCAUAAUUGCUUGAUAGUAUUAGUGGCUUAAGUUCUAUUUCCAUUUUAAGGUAAUGGUUUCCAACUGCACACAACCACAUAAAAUAUUGUAAAUAGUAUUAAUAAAAUCUACUGCUAAAAUUAAGUCCACAAAUAUGAAAAUUCUAUGAAGCAGUAUGUUAC